AUGAGUAGAUAUGUUCUCGUCUAUAACCGUGACGAUGGCACAAAAUAUGUCCGCAUAGCAACUCGCAAGAGAAUCGCUAGAAACUAUUUUUGUAGGAUUGAUGAAUUUAUAAAAAGGGGUACAGACUUUGAAUACACCAAAAUUGAGCGCAUACCAGUGACUCUUGGCCUACCCAUUGAAGCCAACAAUAACGACAUCACAGUUAACUUUAUACCAGAUGAGCGUUACCCUGAGAGGUUUAAUAAGGAAUAUACGGUAAAGGAUGAAAUGAAAGACUAUCUGGUCAUUGGCACAGUAAUGUAUGGUGAUAUGAUUUUGGAUGAAAAGACAGACGGGCUAAUCAACCGAACAGUCACCUGGGAAGGUGGAGCAGGAAGACCCAAAAUCGUAGUCUCUUCACGAUAUCAAGAUGGAAUGGAGACAGACAUCAAAUAUGCCUUUAUCGAUGGGAAUCUCGACAAGUUUUACAUUUGGGAUGCCAGAAAGAGACUUAUGAAUCUUUAUGAAUAA